ACUCGCCGAUGUUCCGGUCCGGUGGGAGUCAACGGAGCACACACGCCAUCCACACUCCACAAAGCUCAGCACGCCGCGCAGCACAGCCAUCGCACGAUGGCGCCUCUCCGCCACCGCCGCCUCCUGCUCGCCGUCGUCGUCCUCCUCUCCGGUCUCCCCCGCCCCGCCCACCCCUUCACCGAGCUCGAGUCCGACCAGGUCGCCCGCUUCCAGGAGUACCUCCGCAUCCGCACCGCGCACCCGUCCCCCGACUACGCCGGCGCCGCCACUUUCCUCCUCCCCUACGCCGCGUCCCUGGGCCUCCGCACCACAACGCUCCACUUCACCCCGUGCAGGACCAAGCCCCUGCUCCUCCUCACCUGGCCGGGCUCCGACCCGUCCCUCCCCUCGGUGCUCCUCAACUCCCACAUCGACUCCGUCCCCGCGGAGGCCGAGCGGUGGUCGCACCCGCCCUUCGCCGCGCACCGCGACCCCGCCACCGGCCGCGUCUACGCGCGCGGCGCGCAGGACGACAAGUGCCUCCCCGUCCAGUACCUCGAGGCCAUCCGGGGCCUCCGGGCCGCGGGGUUCGCGCCCGCCCGCACCGUCCACAUCUCGCUCGUCCCCGACGAGGAGAUCGGCGGCGCGGACGGGUUCGAGAAGUUCGCGGAGUCGGAGGAGUUCCGCGCCCUCAACGUCGGGUUCAUGCUCGACGAGGGGCAGGCGUCGCCCACGGAUGUAUUCAGGGUCUUCUACGCGGACAGGCUGGUGUGGAGGCUCAUCGUCAAGGCGGCGGGGGCGCCCGGGCACGGGUCGAGGAUGUUCGACGGCGCCGCCGUGGACAAUUUGAUGGAUUGCCUGGAGACCGUGGCCGGGUUCAGGGAGGCGCAGUUCGGGAUGGUGAAGGCCGGGGAGAGGGGUCCCGGGGAGGUGGUUUCAGUGAACCCUGUGUACAUGAAGGCCGGCAUACCAAGCCCCACGGGUUUUGUGAUGAAUAUGCAACCUUCAGAAGCAGAGGUUGGCUUUGAUCUUCGCCUUCCCCCAACUGCAGACAUUGAACAGAUAAAACGAAGAGUCAAAGAGGAAUGGGCACCAGCUCAUAAAAACUUAACAUAUGAGCUGAUACGGAAAGGACCAGUAACGGAUGUGGCAGGACGUCCCAUAUUUACAGCAACCGAUGAGUCAAACCCAUGGUGGUCUGUAUUUGAGCAGGCUAUCACCUCUGCAGGUGGAAAGCUAUCCAAGCCUGAGAUCUUAUCUUCAACCACAGAUUCACGGUUUGUGAGGCAGUUGGGCAUUCCCGCCCUUGGGUUUUCUCCGAUGAGCAAUACUCCGAUACUACUUCAUGACAAUAAUGAGUUUCUGGAGGAUAAAGUAUUCCUGAGGGGCAUCAAAGUUUAUGAACAUGUUAUCAGAGCACUGAGCUCCUUCCAAGGCUGAUUCAGAAAAGGAUGAUGUUGUGCAUAGAGUAUGCAUCGUUGAGUUCCCAUCUCAUUCACUGAAGACAGGAGUCAGAGCUCUGGCUUCCAGGUUUCUCAUGAUUGGUUCAGUCUCGAACAUACCAAAGGAAACACUCUGAAGCAAUCAAAUCCGCCUAAGAUGCUGAUUUGAAUGAUAAUCUAAGCAUAUUGAUUCAUGCAUGCAUAUGGUAUGAAGUUAUGACAUGAAUGUAACACGAUAGCAUAGAAGCCAUGUCUCAUGUCUGGAUAGAUAUUUCUCCCAUUUGGAGGCUCCAUUGGUUGUACCCGUGUGCUAGAGGAAACCGGGUGUUGUAGAAUAAUUUCUCUCCACUUGAACAUUUUAAUGAGUAGAGAGACAAGCCAUGCAUGGAUACUGUAGAUGGACCCCUGAAAUUCUGAUCUUGUAUCAUGUAUGGGUAGAGAAGGUAUGAAAUAAAGGGGCAGAUAUCCCCAAAACUGUAUCGCAUGUCCAAACAUAUAUUGCAAUAAAGGAGAUGGCUGUCACUGUCACUCUCUCA